AUGUUAGCGUCUGUGUUCACGGUACACACCUUUGCAGUUUGCGUUGCUGCGCUCUCGCCCAAGUUCCUGGCUUGUCAGUUAAAAAAGCCUGCCGGUAUCUCCCCUUCGGCCGGAUGUCCAGCAGGGACAAUUUUCGUGUCUCCAAGCAGCUCUGCUGCUCACUUCACGAGCGUUCAGCAAGCUGUCGAGUCUUUACCUGACGAAAACGAUGCGAUCAUACUGAUUGGCGAGGGCGAAUACCAUGAGACUGUGAAUGUCUCACGGAAAGCACCUCUCACUCUUUUGGGUCAGCUUGAUCCGCAGACGGCCUUCGAUCCAGCAGGCAACGCCUCGACACGAAACCUCGUCCAGAUAUGGGACGACCAGUUCGUGGAGAAUGGAAUAGACGACGCCCAGUCCGCUGUGUUGACUGUCUCGCCAUCCUUCAACGCGUCACUCAUCGGAGCUGGGACAACAGGCGCCCCGCUUCAGCCGCUCUUUGGUAACACUGACUUCAAAGUGUACAACAUUGACUUCCAGAAUCGAGCGGCGAACUUCUCCAUCUCGCAGGCGUUGGUGACAGAUAUCUCUUAUGCCAACGCCUCCUUCUAUGGGUGCACAUUUGCCAGCUACCAGGAUACUUGGUACACCGGGAAAAACGCCAGCACCUAUGUUGUGGACAGCAUCAUAUUCGGACAGACAGACUAUCUUUUCGGAUUUGGAACAGCCUGGUUCCAGAGCGUCACGCUCGCAAAUCGGGCAUGCGGCGGCGGCAUCGCUGCCUGGAAAGGCACCAACUUGACAGAUGCCCCAGGCAAUCGAUACGGCGCGUACAUCUCGGAUUCACGUAUCAUUCGUUCUCCCGACGCAAACGCCACAACGGUAACCAACGAGCAGUGUUUCUUGGGACGUCCCUGGAAUGAUUUGGCUACUACCGUCUACCUUCGGACGUUUAUGGACGACAGUAUUGCGCCUGCAGGGUUCAAACCCUUCGAUAGCGCAAGGCCUGUGAUCAUGAACACUACGUUCUACGCAGAAUACAAAUCACUCGGCCCUGGAGGAAACACCUCCGAACGUGUGUCAGAUCACGUCUUGACCGCCGCUGAAGCGGAGAACUUCACUAUCGAGAAAGUGUUCCUGGAGACGCCGCACUGGAUUGAUUUUGACUACGAGUUCUAGUAGUCGUGAUAAUUACACUCGCACCCUUUCCCGAGCCAAGAAACCCGUUGCUUGCUGUUAGGGGCUAGGUCCGUUAAA